AUGAAUGUGACGGCGAUGAGAAGUAUUACGACGUUGGCUUCGCUGAUGACUGGAGAUGACAGUGACAGAAUGACAAUGACUGUGUCCAGCACUACCUUGGUGGGAAUGCUCGCCGGGAUUGACGUUAAAAUAUCGAUGGACAGGAGCAAAACAAAUAUAUUUGACAGCGAUCUAGAUGUGUCGCCGGUUACGCUCUCAUCUGACUGGUCCAGAGUCGCAAGACUUCUACUACUCGCUUCUCUUGCUGUCGUCGGCAGCGUUGGCAAUGCAUUCUUGGUCAAUGUCGCGCUUGCUGAUUUACUGGUAACUGGACUAGUUAUACCUUCGUCAGCGAUUGUUAUUCUUGCUGGUCACGAAGACUCUCUCAGUAUAUGUAGAUUUGAAUGGACACUCGAGGCUUUGUGCUUCCUCGUGACGAUCUUGACUCUGGCAACCAUCGCCGGGGAAAAUUAUGCACGACUUUGCUUGCCCACUGAAAAAUACGAAGCAUUGACCCCAAGUCGCGUAACAGCGACAAUCUUCGUAAUCUGGGUGAUAGCAGGAAUAGCAGUAGGACUUCAAUCAUCAUUAGACUUCGGUCCAGACUUCUGUGGGCGUAAAUUUAUUCCGGUGGUAAUCCCGCAGGUAAUAGGAGCAUUUUUUCUAGUACUAUUGCCGGCUCUGCUGACACCAAUUCUGUAUCUGCGUUUGGUAUUACGCGUGCGUCGCGCAGUAAGAGGUUCAUUCAAGCCACCGGCGUCAUUCUCAUGGGAUUAUGAGUUAAUGAAGACCAAUAUAUACAGUUUCACCCUUUUCGCAAUAUUCUGGUUGCCCUUUGGCGCAGCAAUUUUAGCCAGCGCUCAACGACGCGUAGGGGCAAGGAUCUUCUACAAUCUCGCUUGGUUCGCUUUAUCCAAGUCCUGCAUUAACAGCCUCGUUUACUGCGUCUUCGACCGACAUUUCAGAAAUGCUUAUGUUAAACUCUUUCAUUACUGCUGCUGCAAAACGACGGUCAGCUUCUCCAGGCGACCUAGAGGAGACGGAUCCAGGUCUUCUGGGGAUGUAAGACUCAGGGUUCAUAUCAUCCACUCUUAUGCCAGUCCCGCUUCUUGUAGGCCAAAUGUCGCUAGGCCAAAUGGCAGAGACGUUUAUGAACUUUAA